UGUUGGCAGCUAGAAAAGGAGCAAAAUUCAGGAAGUAUGAGGAAAUCGACAAUGCUCCGGAAGAGAAAGCUCGAGGCAUAACGAUCAAUUCGUUUCAUCUGGAGUACGAGACCGAGAAGCGGCACUAUGCACACAUCGACUGUCCGGGCCACGCCGAUUACAUCAAGAACAUGAUAACGGGCGCGGCACAGAUGGAAGGGGCUAUCCUGGUUGUGGCUGCUACCGAAGGAGCCAUGCCGCAGGUUGGCAUUCCACUUCAAAAUGUUGCUGUAUUUAUGAAUAAGAUCGACGAAGUGCCCGAUAAAGAGACGCACGAGCUGGUGGAGAUGGAGUUGCGAGAGUUACUCGCCGAACUUGAAUAUCCCAGCGAUGCACCGAUGGUAUUUGGUUCAGCACUUUGCGCCUUAGAAGGAAAGAAUCCAGAAAUAGGGGAGCAGUCCAUCUUGAAGCUCCUGCAAGUGCUUGACGAUUCUUUCAUAAUCCCGGAGCGUCAGAAAACUACAGAUACUAUGUUUCCCGCCGAACACGUGUACACUAUCAAAGGGCGUGGAACAGUAAUAACUGGCAAACUGGAACGAGGUAACUUGAAGAAAGGCGACAAAGUGGAAAUUGUUGGUGGCGGAAAAGAACGAGUGAAAUCCGUUGUUUCCAGUAUGUUUCCUUCCAUUGCAUCUGUUGUUAAGUUUUACCUCACCACAACAACAGCACCGAAUGGUAUUGAAACGUUCAAGAAAUCACUGGAUGUGGCAGAAGCUGGCGAUCAGUUGGGCAUUUUGCUGAGAGGCGUGGACAGUAAGGCUGUGCGACGCGGAUGUGUUCUUCUCUCCCAGGAUCAUAAACAUGUACCGACAGAUAAAGUGGAAGCC